CACCAGGCUCAAAACACAAGCAACAGUAUUCAUGAGGCAAUGGCGGAUUGCGUAAGGAGAAGUUCACAACACUACCUUUUCCCGGUUCGGAAAUAUGUGAUGCGAGGGCUGCAGACCACAGCACUUAAGGUUUACCCGCUCUUGCCUAUUAAGCUCUGCCAUUAGGGUUUUAUAGUUUGUUCUUUCUAGGGCGAGGGGAGUGCAUUCGUGCGGAACUGCGCAAGAAAGUCCCAAGCCUACUGCGCAAAUCACGCCAUGCCUGCGCCGCGUGUGGCCCAUAAGGCUCCUCAACAACGAGCAGGGCGAGCCGGCGGGCGAGGUUCGGAGGAACACCAAAGCGAAGUGAGCCCAUCAGGGUCGGGGUUUAAGAAGAAAGGCGGCGGUUUGGAGCAACCGCAUUUGGCCAAGCAUGUUUCAGCCAAUGGACGGAAGCCACCUGGACACGAGGCUAAGGCGGGAAGCUCAUCAGCACCAGCAAACGGUCAUAUCCGAGGCAACAACGUGCUAAGUAACGCGGUUUUCAGGCACAGCCACCAUUACACUUACGACGGCGUGGGGGAUGCCGCGCAGACUCGCGUGGGGGGCUCGGCAAGCAGCGUGAAGCCCGGCAGCUUGAAAUCCGCCAGCGUGAGAUCCGGCAUGGACGCGCUGUACGCGGGAGGCGAAGGCCUUCCCCGGCGGAUCAACUUCCUCCCCGCGCGCCACGCCGACGCGCACUCCGCGCUCCCCGUGGAUCUCAAGCCGCUGAAUGCGGCGGAUCCGAGCCGCGAGCCACGUGGCAGCCAGCCAGUGGGUGGAGCGGAGGGCGUGGGCCCGGGGGAGGGGAAGCAGGGGAGGCGGAGGGGAGAGAAGGAGCGGCGGGAGUCGAGUGAGAGGGAGCGGGACGGGCUGGAUGGGAGGCUGGAUCGAUCGGAUGUGGCGGUGGAGUGGCGGGAAAUACGGCCCAUUGGAGCGGGCCUGAGCAACCUAGGCAACACGUGUUUUAUGAACUCCGUGCUACAGUGCCUCACAUACACCCCACCACUCGCUAACUACCUCUCGCAGUCUCCGCACUCCGCUAAGUGUUCGGUGCCGGGGUGGUGUGCGCUGUGUGAGAUGGAGAAGCACGUGCCAAGGGCAGUGGGGUCCACGGGCAAGGUCGUCUCGCCCACAGGCUUCGUGCGAAACGUCAGAAGCAUAGCUCGGUCCUUUAAAGCCGGUCGGCAAGAAGACGCACACGAGUACAUGCGUUGCCUGCUAGACGCUCUCCACCGAUGCUGCCUGCCCCCCAAACGAGCCUCCGCCUCAGGCUCGGGCGCCGCACCUCCUCUGGACCCUGCGUUCGCCUCCAGGCUGAUGAACACGUUUGUGCACCGGACCUUUGGAGGGUACCUGUGCAGCCAGGUGCAGUGCACAGUGUGUGGGUACUGCUCCCGAACCUACGACCCGUUCCUGGACCUCAGCCUCGAGAUUGUCCGAGCCGACUCAGUGACCAAGGCUCUGCAUCGGUUUACAUCUGAAGAGGCUCUGGAUGGGGCGAACAAGUAUAAGUGCAGCAAGUGCAGGAAGAAGGUGCGGGCGCUCAAGAGCUUUGCAGUGGAAGAAGCACCGCCCAUCCUGACAGUGCACCUGAAGCGCUUCGCUGCCUUCACGGGGCGCAAGCUCGACAAGCACGUGGCGUUCGACCCCUCGCUGGACCUCUCGCCCUUCAUGACCGCGCCCUCCCCCUCCCCCUCCUCCCCCCACUCCACUGCUGGCUGUAGCAGCAGCAGCAUUACCAAUACCAGUGCCAGUGCUAGUGGUGGCGGCAGUAAGAGCAGCAGAGGCAGCAGCAGCAGCGGUAGGGGUGGGAAGUACAGUCUGUACGGCGUGUUGGUGCACGCGGGGUGGUCAACGAACUCGGGGCACUACUACUGCUACGUGCGGGGGCCGUCAGGCACAUGGAGCUCCAUGGACGACUCACGGGUGCAGCAGGUGAGCGAGAAAACCGUGCUCCAGCAACGGGCGUAUCUCCUCUUCUACGUCCGAGAACCCACGGCCCAUGCUGCUGCUAAUGCUAAUGCUGCUGCUGCUGCUGCUGCUAAUGCUGCUAAUGCUGUUAGUGCGAAUACUGCUGCUGUUGCUGCUCGUCCCCCUCCUACUGCGCCUUUUCCUGCUGCUGCUGCUCCUGCUUCCACUGCUGCUGGUGCUGCUGCUGCUGCUGAGGUGAAGGUGGGAAAGAAGGGCAAGGCGGCAGCGCCACAUGUAGAGGCGCUCAUGCACAUGCAGGCGCAUGCACAGGCGCAGUCACAGGCACAGCCACAGGCACAGGCACAGGCACAGGUAGAGGGGAUGGCUGUUGACGAGAGAAAGGGGAGCGCAGCUGAGAGGGCGGAAGGGGGAGAGGGCGCGAGGGAGGGGAGGGGUGAAGGGGAGGGGGUGGUGGAGGGGGCGAAGGAGAAGUGGGAUGAAGGGGAGGGGCGAGCAAGGCUGGCAGAAGUGUCGAGUGGGGAGGAGAGCAGCGAGGAGGAGAGGAAGGCUGAUGGGGAGGCAGCAGCUGGUGACGGUGGUGAUAGCGAUGGGGAUGGUGAUGAUGACAGCGAUGAUCCUGAUUGGACGUUGGGCGAUGAGGGGGAAGAGGAUGCAGGCAACGAGGAGGGGGGGAGAAUAGGGGGGAGGGUUCAGGGCGGCAGCGGGAGGGACGGCGCACCUCGGGGUCAUGGGUGGCAGCAGUUGGACAGAUGCUACGGUUGUUACCUGGCUCCAGGGAAUCUAGAGCGGCCCUCAGGAGCAGGAGCAGCCCCGGCAGCAGCACCAGCUUGGGAAACAGCUUCGGCAGCAGGGGAUGGGGGGCAACGAGCAGCAGUCUGGGCAGCAGCGGUGGCAGCAGCAGCAGGGAGAGGAUGCUGCGGCUCAUGUCCCCCCUCGUGCCGCUGCCUUUUUCUGGCGGGGCGGAAGAGGAGGAGGGAGGCUAUGGAGGGGUGGGGCCGUGGUGUGGGCUGGCAGGCGAGCGGAGAGAUGGAGAUGCGGGAGAAAUGGGAGGGAGGAAGAAGAUUGGGGAGGAGAGAGGAGGUGACGGUCGCGGAGGGGGAGAAAGGGGAGGUGGAAAAGGAGGGGGGGGAGGAGGAGGGCAGGAGAAGGCCACAGGGGGCGAUUGUGGCUCAAGUGAUGAACGAAAUGCAAAUGGAGGAGGGGGAGGUGGGGGAGGAGGAGGAGGAGGAAGGGGAGGCGGUGAUGAUGGCAGGGCCAGGGAUCGUGGCUCGGGGGGUGGGGUCGUCAGAGGAUGACUCGGAGGGGUGGAGCAGUGGGAGCGAGAGCGAGGGCGAUGGGGAUAAAGGAGGGGAGGACGGGCGACAACAAGAUGAAGAGGAGGAGGACGAGGACGGAGUAGAAGGAAAGGGCAAUGGGCAGCGAGUGCAGACGGGCCAGGGGAAUGGCAGCGGGAGCAAGAGCUUGGAUGGCAACAGCAGAAGCAGGGUGGUGACGUUUGGGGGGUCGGAUGCGGUGUGGAUGAUGAGGGAGGGCGGGCAGGAGGCGCCCGUGGGGGCCGGCGGACUGGCAGGCAGCCAGUGGGGCGAUGACGGCAUGGCAAUGAACGGCGCCCACAUGCAUUUGCCUGAGAGAAGAGCCGCCACCAAGUACCGAUACGACGACUGGGACGAGGAGCUGGACCGCGGCCGGGUGAAGAAGAUGAAGCGCAAGGCGCACCCCACAGACGAGGCUGCAGAUCACAGGAACCCCUUCCAGGAAGCUGCUCUCAGACCUGCUGGUGCUGGUGGGGAAGUUGGUGGGGAUGAGGGUGGUGUAAGGGAGGCGCAUGGGAAGAGGCCUGGGAGGUGGAUGGGGCGGGACAAGGGCAGGCAUGACAGCAACAGGCACGUGGCUAAGCUGAGGGGAAAGAGUGCCAGGCCCAGAUGGUAGCUGGCUGGUAGUCUGUGAUGGUAACUGCUGGGCCCGGAUUGUAGCUGGUAGUCUGGCAUGGUGGCCGAUUGAGGAUGAUGCCUUCUUCCUGCCGGUUCUGAUAUAGGUGUGCAGGGGGCUGGUGUGCAAGAGCGUAGUGAUGAUGCUCGCACAAGAGAUGGGUCCUCCAUCAUGCGCGAUUCAGGUUCACUGUUGUGGCAUCCCGCCAUUAUGCGAAAUUUGUUACAGAUUGAUUCCUUCUAU